GGCAUGACUAAGCCAAACUCCCUUUGGUUUGUUACUAAUUGUGGAAAAGAAAUUUUGUUUCUUGGAGAACUGGAAGAAGUUUUGGAUGCUACUCAACCUGUUGAAGAAUUGGAAGAUGCAUUAAUAGCACUCAUUUUCAUUUGCUACAAAAGGAUCCAAGCAAGAGGCUAGUCAAUGGGGUAACAGGAAGUGAUGAAAUAAAGAAUCAUAAACUGGAUGAAACUGGAUGCAUUGCUAACUUUGACAAAAUAAUUUAUUUAUUUAGGCCAUGACAAGGUUGUUGAUUGGUGGAGUGUUGGAAUCUUGUUGUUUGAGAUGCUCACAGGACAGGACAGCCACCGUUUCAUGGAGGAAACAGGGACAAAGUAUAGAAAAAGAUAGUGAAAGACAAGAUGAAGCUCCCUGUGUUUUUGUCAAGUGAAGCACACACCCUUUUGAAAGGGAUAAGUCACAAGAUAAAUAAAUUAGCUUUUGGAAGCUAUUAUCCUGGGAUUGUAAAUCCUCUUUAUGGGGUGCAUUGGUUUCAAGUAUCUCCAAAUGGAAUGUAUCAGUACUUUAUAAAGGUGGUACCAACGAUUUACACGAACAUUAGAGGUUACACUAUUCAAUCAAAUCAGGUGACAUUUACAGAAACACAUAUCUCCAUUUUACAUUUCAUGACAAAUGUGUGUGCCAUUGUUGGAGGGAAAAAGUAAGCAAGUAUGGGGAUCGAGUUUUGAAAAUCAUUGAAGAUAUUGUAAAUGCACAUUACAACAACACUACAGAUAAAACCAAAAGCAAAACCAAAAGCAGCAGCAACAGUACAGAUUCCAUUAAAAGAAGGAGAACACAUUAAAAAAAAAUCCCAAAUGAGGAUUUAGGUUAUGAAGAUGAAGAUGAUUUUGAUCCUCUACCUAGUUGUAAUUAAGUGUUUUGAGGCUUAUGAAAGUGCUAUGGUGGCUAAGUUUGGUGAUGAUACUAGUUGCCACCCCCUCUUGGAUAAUGAAACAUGGUGUGAUGUUUCCGGAGGAGUCAAGAAAGGAAGAAUAUAUGGAUUCGGAUAUGUGUCUGAUCCAGCGAGCUUUUUGGAAGGAACAUCUAGUACAAUAACAUCCCAAGAGGUUGUCUAUGAACGUGUACAAAACGAGAUGCGUGGCAAAAUUGAUGCUAAAGCUGCAGAAAUGGAAGCUAAACAUCAACAAAUGUGUGAGGAAAUGGAUGCCAAAGCUGCAACAAUAGAUGCCAAACAACAACAAAUCGAUGCAAAAUAUGAAGCAAUGGAGAAGAUGUAUGCAGCCUUGCAAAAUAUGAUGGGAAAUUGAAAAUUAGAGGAUGGACAUGAAAUGAAGAGAGUAGCUAAAAUGUUAUUUUGAAGGUUAAAAUUUUUUCUGUUUGUACCUCUUUUGCAUACUUUGGAUUUCUUGGUGCUAAAAUGUUAUUUUGAAGUUAAACCGUUGGGAGUUUGAUGUUAUAAGGAUAGUUUCAUUUUUGGAUGUUUUUUUAAUGACACUUUGGUAAACUUUGAUAGUUUUGAUAUUGUAAUGCUUGGUUGUAUCAUUAUUUGAUGUUCUUUAGUAUAACAAUUUGAUGAUUGUAGUA